AUGGCCCAGAGUGUGGAGCGGCGCGGCCUGACCAGCCAGGACACCUUGGGGCGUUUAGGAGUCCCUCCCAUCCCACCCACCCUCUGCAGGCUCGUGGAGGAGUUCAUGCUCUUGGCCAACAUGGCAGUGGCCCACAAGAUCCACCGCGCCUUCCCCGAGCAGGCCCUGCUGCGCCGGCACCCCCCACCCCAGACAAGGAUGCUCAAUGACCUGGUGGAAUUCUGCGACCAGAUGGGGCUGCCCGUGGACUUCAGCUCCGCAGGAGCCCUCAAUAAAAGCCUGACCCAAACAUUUGGAGAUGACAAGUACUCACUGGCCCGGAAGGAGGUGCUCACCAACAUGUGCUCCCGGCCCAUGCAGGCUAUAGGGAGCAACUAGACAUGGCGCCCGAUACCCUGCAGAAGCAGGCGGACCACUGCAACGACCGCCACAUGGCGUC